AUGAGCUUUCUCUCAGGACCGAAAGAGCGCAUCGUCGUUCUCGGUUCGGGCUGGGCUGGAUACGCUCUGGCAAAGGCAAUAUCUCCCUCUCAAGCCUCUCGAAUUCUCAUCUCUCCUCGCUCUCACUUCGUCUUCACUCCCCUUAUCGCCUCAACCGCUGUUGGCACUCUCGAGUUCCGUGCUGCCGUUGAGCCCUGUCGUAAACUCGGUCUUACAGAGUUCCACCAGGCUUGGGCUUCUGAUAUUGACUUUGCCAGCAAGACCAUCACCGUUGAAGCUAACCAGCGUGAUGGAGUCACGGCUCGCUCGGGCAAGGAUCUGUUGAAGGGCCUCGAGUUCCAGGUCCCGUAUGAUAAGCUUGUAGUGGCCGUCGGGUGCUACAGUCAGACUUUUGGCGUGGAGGGUGUCAAGGAGCAUGCAUGUUUUCUAAGAGAUGCUACAGAUGCCCGAACAGUACGUCUAAAAGUGCUGCAGAAGUUCGAGCAGGCUUCUCUGCCCAGUACAAGCGCAGCUCAGAGGAAGCGACUGCUUCAUUUUGCGGUUGUAGGUGGCGGCCCUACAGGUAUCGAAUACGCGGCCGAGCUUCACGAUCUCAUACACGAAGACUUGUCCAAGCUGUAUCCCGAACUAAUGCCUCACGUUGCCAUCACCAUCUACGACAUCGCACCAAAGGUUCUCCCUAUGUUUGAUCGCAAUCUGGCCGCAUACGCCACAAACAUCUUCAGCCGUGCAGGCAUCAAAGUCAAGACCGAGCAUCACCUCGAGGGCAUUCGACGAGACGACGAUGUUCUCCUAAUGCGUAUCAAGGAGGAACCUGAAGAAGUCGCAGCAGGCGUUGUCGUCUGGAGCACGGGUCUCAUGCAGAACCCUCUGGUAGGCAAGUUAGUCGGACGAGAGGUGGAGGGCAUGGGAAAGAUCGCAAAGAACAGCAAAACAGGCGGCUUCGCUGUUGAUUCCCACCUUCGAGUCCAGGUCGAAGCCCAAGACUCCAACGGCAAACAAAUCACCAAGACACUCCCGGGCGUCUACGCAAUUGGGGACUGCGCCAAUAUCCAAGGCGAAUCACUUCCCGCCACUGCACAAGUUGCAAGUCAACAGGCUACAUAUCUCGGCAAGAGAUUCAACGCUGGGACGUCUUCUCAGGGGCCUCCGACGGCUCCCUUUCACUUCCGUAACUGGGGUACAAUGGCGUAUCUUGGAGGUUGGAGGGCUAUUCAUCAAAAGGGCACUGAUGAGCUCAAAGGCCGAGCGGCGUGGAUUCUGUGGCGGACGGCGUAUUUGACCAAGAGCAUGAGUCUAAAGAAUAAGCUCAUGAUUCCGUUUUACUGGUUGGUUACAUGGAUUUUUGGUCGAGAUAUCUCGAGGUUCUAA